AAACUACUAAUGUUUAAAUAUCCGGUGCAUGCAUACUGAAUGCAUGUGGGGAGAAGACAAAAAUGGAUGCAAGUUGUUCUUCAAAACAAAAACAUUAGUGGUGUGCCAAAGAGUGUUUGUUUCCAUGGAAAAUACAUAGAAAGUGGGAACAAACUAAGAAUAAAAAUACAAAUUAAUGUCACAGUAGUAAAGAGAGCCUCACAAUCAUUAUGAAAGGAAAGGAAGUUCAAUGAAUUAAUUAGCCUAUACUUUCAAGCACAGGUUGUUCUUUGUGUUGACUUUUCAAUGGCUUCUUCACCAAUUAUGUACACUCCAAUAUUACCUGAUGAAACAGAAGAACUUCAUAUACAACAUAUAAUUAACAUUCCUGAAGUGAUUAAACCAGCACUACAUGAAAUCUGUUGCAUUUACAAGGUUCCUCCCAAUCUCAGAAAGUUGAAUAAUGGAGAAUCCUAUACACCACAAUUAAUCUCAAUUGGUCCAUUUCAUCAUACCAAAGAAGAAUUGAAGCCAAUGCAUACACAAAAACAAAGGUACUUUCAUGAUUUUUGGAAAAGAGUAACAAAUAAAAAUGCUUUGGUAAACUAUAAAAAAUUCCUCAAAGAAAAGAUUGAAAUGGUAAAGAAUUUCUAUUCUGAGUUUGAUGUUAGAAUCAAUGAUGAUCAGUUUGUGGACAUGAUCAUGUUAGAUUCUGUUUUCAUCUUAGAACUGUUUCUAAGAAAGUCAAAGGAAUCUGAUAGGGACAAAGAUUACAUGUUCACAACAUCAUGGAUUUGCAAGACUAUACAAAGAGAUUUGUUACUUCUUGAAAAUCAGCUUCCAAUUUUUCUCUUGGAACAUUUACAUCAAAAAGUUUUCAAGGAUAGUAAUAAUGGUUUCAAUUUUCUUGAACUUGCAUUUAACUACUUUGAAGAUUACAAUCCACAAAGAUCUAACAAAGAUGAAAAUGAAGAGAUGUUAAAGAAUUGUAAACCAUGCCAACACUUCACUGAUUUGAUAAGACGUUUUUACCUUCCAAAAGAAGUUCGUGACGACGAUUUCAAUAACGAAGAUAAAUAUUGUGUCCUUAAGACAGCAACAAAGUUGAAUGAGGCAAGUAUUAGCUUUGUGAAAGUUGAUCAAAGAAGCUUAUUAGAAAUAAAGUUUGUCAAAGUUCAAAUUCUCAAUUGGUUUCUAUGCUUUGGUUGUUCACCAUUUUUGAAAUUUUUUAAAUCAAAGUUAGAAAUUCCUCAAUUCAAAGUAGACCAAACAACAGAAUGUGUUCUUAGGAAUCUUAUUGCAUUGGAACAAUGUCACUAUUCAGAACAACCUUUCAUUUGCAACUAUGUUUUCCUAAUUGAUUCUCUUAUCAAUACACAAGAGGAUGUGGAAAUUUUGGUUGAUAAGGAAAUCAUUGUUCAUGAACUUGGAAGCCAUGUUGAAUUAGCAACUAUGAUAAAUGGUUUGUGCAAGAAUGUUGUGGUAACAUGCAAUUAUUAUGGAAAAACAUCGAAGAGUUUGAAUGAUCAUUACCAUAACCGUUGGAAACGUUAUAUGGGAAUGUUAAGAUCGGUUUAUUUUCGCGAUCCUUGGAGAUUCAGCUCGGUUGUUGUAGGUGUUGUUAUCUUCAUAGUUGCUAUUGUCAAUUUUCUUCGUAUAACUGGUUUAUAUUUUCGCGAUUCAAGACACUAAAUUAUUGUUUUUUAUUUCUGUUGUAAUUUUCAACAUUUUCCUUGUAUUGUUGUUCAGCUAAUAAUCAAGUUGUGUUCUCUUUUUGUCUCAA